GCAGUCAUGAUGACAUCAGCGCAGUCAUGAAUUCUAGCCUUGAAAAAGAAUUACGUUUUAUGUAUCGCGCAUCAUCUUCGUGUGUAUGUCAUAAGACCAGCUAUUAGUACAUGGCAAGUUGGAAUAAUUGUAGUAGUUGGAGAAGGCUUUACAUUGUACUGAUUGUAGCAUUUGGAAACGCCAUGAAGUACAACAGUACGCUAUAAAUAUAUAUAUAUAUACAUACAUACAUACAUAGGAAACUACAAAAGAAGUACCUUUUACAUCUAAACUACACAUUGUCACACGACUUCAAGAGUUCUUCAAAGAACACUAGGAUGAAGAAUGACUGACAAAAAAGGCAAAAGUGCAAGGAAAGCUUACACACACACCCGGGACCAUAAAGGCAGUAAAGUAACUAAACAAUAAAAUGGCGUGACGCCAUAUAUGGGACUUUCGGCAGAUGCUGGGAUACAUCAAAAGGCCAUGACCGCAUUAGGCUUUGCCUAGCCUCUACCAGGCUCCGCGGAUCGGUGGUCUAAUUGUAGAAAUUGGACAAAUAGAUUCUAUAGUACGCUAGGGGAGUUAGCCGGCCAGACUGGGACAUUUGCCAAAUGACACUUGGUUAAGUUAACCGGUUAGACACCAUUUACAGAGUGUGACCCAGACAGUUUGAAGAUCGUUAACGUUGUCACGAACUUUGCCUCGCAGCUUGGGACGUCCAAAACAGACUGAAUGCCGAAGGUGCGCUCGGGUGUAAACCCACCAGACGGCGGCUGGGGGUGGGUGGUUGUGACAGGCGUUUUUUUCGUCCAUGCCGGGAUAAUCUCGUCCGCCAUGUCGUUCGGAGUGUUCUACGCAGAGUUCCGGGAUGUAUUCCAAGAGAGUGCGGGAAUUACGUCCUUCAUCAGCUCUAUCCUAGUGGCCACUAUGUUGAUGUGCUCUCCCUUCGCCGGUGCCCUGAGCAACCUGACCAGCUGCCGUACUGCGAUCAUCGCAGGGGGCGUCAUUUCCGCCGCCGGACUUGUCGUCAGCUACUUCGCACAGACGAUGGUACACCUGUUCUUCAGCGUGGGGAUUCUCACUGGGUUGGGUUUAUCUCUGAUGUACGCCCCAAGCCUGGCUAUGAUUGGUCGCUACUUCGACAGACGACACGCCACAGCCAGUGGGAUCGCAGUUAGCGGACUUGGGGUCGGUAACUUCGCCCUCCCUCCACUCUUCCAGUUCCUCAUUGAUGAGUUUGGGUGGAGAGGAGCUCUACUAAUUGUCGCGGGUCUAAUGUUGAAUGGUUGUGUUUGUGGUGCUCUGAUGAGACCAAUACACCUCGCAGAAGAUCGAACAGUCGACAGAAAAGCACAAAGUAGUGGAGACCAAGAACUGCCAAUAGUCCAUGUUCCGUUCCAUCGUAAGGUCAAUGAAACGUUUCAUGUUUCAUUACUAAUGCAUCGUCCUUUUCUUGUUUUCAGUGUAUCGAUGUUUGGAAUGGUUUUCGGCAACUCCAUUUUGAUUGUACACCUUGUGGCCCACGCUCAAAAUCUAGGAGUGGAGAAGACCUCCGCUGCCUUCUUGUUAUCUAUCAAGGGAGUCUCAGAGAUCUUCUCUAGACCGUUAAACGGUUGGCUGUCAGACCGAGGAAAGAUCAGCAAGGUUUACUAUUACAUGAUUGGCGUUACCGGAAUGGCUAUAGCUACCCUCGCCAUACCGUUCGCAAGUAACUACACGGGUCUUGUAGUGUGCAUGGUUUUGUACGGACUUUUCUCAGGUAUUGUCUUCCCGUUAGUAGCUGUGUUGGUGUGUAGAUAUAGCGGAGCUUCCCGGAUUUCCAGCGGGCUUGGGUGGGCCUUCGUCUUCCAAGGCGCCGCUUUCCUACUUGGACCACCCGUUUCAGGUUGGCUGUAUGAUGCAACCGGAAACUACGACAUGUCUUUCUUCUCCGCCGCCAUCUUUACUUUCGUGUCAGUGCUCGUGCUUCUCCUCAACCCGUGUUCAACAACCAGCAGGACACUCGGCCCUGGUACCGGUGGACUCCCGGACCGGCCAGACGGGAUAGUGGUUGUUAGUCAUGUGAAGCGGGAUGUCAGUAGUGAGGACGGAAUAGUGGUUCUUAGUCACGUGAAGCGGGAUGUCAGUAGUGAGGACGGAAUAGUGGUACUAGGUCAUGUGAAGCGGGAUGUCAGUAGUGAAGACGGCCAAAGUAACCCUGGUUUUCGCGGGUGACUAGUAGAACCUUCUCUGAGUGUAUGAAACACGAUCAAAUGCCAUCAAAUGUGCAUCAUAUGAUAAAACCGUUAAAGUAAGGAAUAACGAAGCAUUCAACACAAUUUUGCAUCAAGGGGUAAAUGGCGUAUGCUUGUGCAUCUGCCUCAUAAUUCGAUACCCUAAAAACUUUGUAAAAUAUAUAGGUGUUCCAGUCGUAUAUGCGGGUGAAAUGUUGUACCUGUGUAUGAAACUGUGCAUUAUUUGAUGUUGCAUAUAACGAUAGAUUGAACGUAGUAACAGCAAGCGAAAGAAGGGGAACUCUUCACAGGUGCCUCUUAAAUUGUGAUAGCUAUAGACGUUACAACGUCAAUUCGUCCUUUUUGUAAUUAGGCAUUUUAUAGGCGGACAUUGAUCUUUUGACACUCGAAUACAUCUUAGCCUUUACCAAG